CCUAACAGCCAACAAAAACCACAAGACCCGACUUUUAAACAAAGAAAAACAAAAGCGACUGUCCGUCUCCAUUUACAUCGGCGACUAAUACCAAACCCCUAAUGGCCGCAUCAGCAACCACCGUACCGGACAACUUAACCAGAGACCAAUAUGUCUACCUGGCAAAACUCGCCGAACAAGCCGAACGAUACGAGGAGAUGGUUCAAUUCAUGCAAAAGCUCGUCCUGGCUUCAACUCCAUCCGGCGAGCUGACCGUGGAGGAACGUAACCUUCUCUCUGUUGCUUACAAAAACGUCAUCGGCUCUCUGCGUGCCGCGUGGCGCAUCGUUUCAUCUAUCGAACAGAAGGAAGAAAGCAGAAAGAACGAGGAGCAUGUAGUUCUGGUUAAAGAGUACAGAUCUAAAGUUGAGAACGAGUUAUCUGAUAUCUGCGCCAGUAUUUUAAACGUGUUGGACUCUAAUCUCAUACCGUCAGCUUCUGCUGGUGAAUCUAAAGUGUUUUAUUUGAAGAUGAAGGGCGAUUAUCAUAGGUAUAUGGCCGAAUUUAAAAUUGGCGAUGAAAGAAAAACUGCUGCUGAGGAUACUAUGCUGUCUUAUAAAGCUGCUCAGGAUAUUGCGGUUGCUGAUCUUGCACCUACGCAUCCGAUAAGGUUAGGGUUGGCACUGAAUUUCUCUGUGUUUUACUACGAGAUUCUCAAUCAGUCUGAUAAAGCUUGCAGCAUGGCUAAACAGGCAUUUGAGGAAGCCAUUGCUGAGCUAGACACUUUGGGCGAAGAAUCAUACAAGGAUAGCACUUUAAUCAUGCAACUCCUUCGCGAUAACCUCACUCUUUGGACUUCAGAUGUUCAGGACCAGUUAGAUGAGCCAUAGAAGGCAGCAUAAGCUUGGCAGGUCCUAGUCUUCUUUUGGAGGAUAAGGACUUUGAAUGCCAUCAAUUUGUUUUGAAGUCUGUGUAACUUAAAAAAACUGGGCAUCAACCAGUAGCAUGAUUGUUUCGUGUUUGAACUGAACUUGCUUAUUUGAUUUGAAGUUAUUUGGAAAGGGUAGCAUUCAAUCA